AUGCUAAUUGGACUUCCGUCCGGCGAAGGAGCAUCACUGCAUGUCUCACUUACCCCGUCUACUCAACCGGGUCAUCGUCAUCGACGACGACGAAAGCACGAAUCAUCACAACCCAAAGAGGAUGGGGCCAAACCACAAUCGACCGAUCCAAGUGAACACGUGAUGUUUCUGCUGGGGGAAGGUGAUGGCGAAGAGGGACAGGCACAUCAAUUGUUUUGUGAACUGGAUGAACUGUGGCAUGAUGCUACCGGUUCGGGAGAAACGGAAUGGCGUGAAGCCGCUCGAUGGAUCAAAUUCGAAGAGGUUGUCGAAGAAAACGGGGAACGGUGGUCCAAACCACACGUGGCUACAUUAUCGUUGUACUCCCUAUUUGAAUUGCGCAACUGUCUAGCCAAUGGUUUGAUCAUGCUCAAUUUGGAAGCGUUUACCAUGGAACAAAUUGCAGAUUUGGUACUCAACGUGCUUGUGUCUGAUAAUCGUCUUCCCGCUGAGAUGCGUGAAAAUGUGAACGAGAUUUUGCUUCGUCGUCAUGUGCACUUACAUGAAAGACUUCGACCCAAACUAGGUGCACGUAGUGCCUCUAAUUUGCCCAUCAUUCGUUCUCUGGCCGAUAUUGGUAAACGACAUUCAUCUAAAGAUGUCGAAAAAGGCAUCACUCUUUCCCAUGCUCAUACAGAACUGACGAGUCAACCGUCUUUAGCAAAACUGUCUAGCUACGCGGGCAUUGACACUUUGGACCCAACCCUUGCAGCGCAUGUGGCUGCUCACGCUCAGGCUCAACCUCAAGGUGGCCAUUCUGAAGUGAUGACCGGAAGUCUACAAGGCAAAUUCGAUUUACACUUCCUUAAAAAAAUUCCACCCGGUUCCGAGACGUCCAAUAUCCUGGUCGGAGAAACCAAUUUUUUGCCGGCCCCCAUCACCGUGUUUAUUCGAUUGAAAGAAGCCGUUCUGUUGGGUGAUUUGACUGAGGUACCUGUUCCAACCAGAUUCCUAUUCCUACAUUUGGGUGUGGCCGGCAAUGCGUUGAAAUACCGUGAAAUCGGUCGUUCAAUGGGCGUGUUAAUGUCUGACGAUGUGAGUUUAACCUACUUAUUAUGCCUAGAGUAG